GGAAAGUUCCGUUAUCUCUUGGUACUGGUGGUUAUCAGUCCUUGUCGGUGUAAUUAAUUGCAUUCUUUCCGAUAAUUCGUGUUUGUCAUUUGAGUAAUCUCGCAAAACUAUCAGUAUGUCAGAACCAGUGUGCAAGAAACCCAAAAUGCCGUCCACGCUAGCUCAACUUAAGGAAUUCACCACUGUGGUGGCCGAUACUGGCGACUUCGAAGCCAUGAAGAAAUACAAACCCACGGAUGCAACUACAAAUCCGUCUCUAAUUCUUAUGGCAGCAUCCAUGCCACAGUACAAAAAUAUCAUCGAUAAAGCUGUAGAAUAUGGAAAGAAGAAUGGCUCAACUCCCAGUGAACAAGCAGAGGCUGCCCUUGACAGACUAGUCGUCUUGUUCGGACUUGAAAUCUUGAACAUCAUUCCCGGUCGAGUUUCCACUGAAGUCGAUGCCAGGUUAUCCUUCGACAAAGAUGCCAGUGUUGCCAAAGCGCUGAAAUACAUAAAAAUGUACGAAGAAGCAGGAAUUAAGAAAGACCGAAUCCUAAUCAAACUGGCCUCAACAUGGGAAGGAAUCCAAGCAGCAAAAACCCUAGAGACACAGCACGGAGUUCAUUGCAACCUGACUCUCUUAUUUUCAUUUGCCCAAGCUGUUGCCUGUGCAGAAGCUGGCGUAACCCUCAUUUCCCCAUUUGUUGGCCGAAUUUUGGACUGGUAUGUGGCCAAUACAAACCAGAAAACAUAUGAACCACAUGAGGACCCAGGAGUACAGUCGGUAACUAAAAUCUACAGUUACUACAAGAAAUUUGGCUACAAAACAGUCGUCAUGGGAGCCUCUUUCCGAAACACUGGAGAAAUCAAAGCGUUGGCUGGUUGCGAUUUACUAACCAUCAGCCCAGGGCUUCUCGAAGAGCUGGACAAGAGCACAGAACCUUUGGUGGAAAGCUUAACGGAGAAAUCUGCUAAGAAAACUGACCUAGAGAAGGUGUCCUACAACGAAGCGCAGUUUCGCUGGGAGUUGAAUGAAGAUAAAAUGGCAACCGACAAACUGUCUGAGGGUAUUCGCAAGUUUGCUGAUGAUGCCCGUAAACUUAAGAAGAUCCUGCAAGAUGCUAUCUCCAAGAAGUAGGAUGUGUAAUAUACAUCAUCCUAUCCGUGCCUUCAAGAUUCGCCCAGAAAAACAAAAAUGUCUUCUCACUUGAAAAGUUUUCUUCCGUGUUCAUGUAUUCUGACUGAAAUCAUUUUUCUUUGAGCAAACUUAAGUAUCUCUGUUUCAGUUAUUAAUUUCAAUCUCUAGAUAACGAAAACUUAAUUUCUCACACUCACAUCUUCUCAGAGUGACUGGCUACUUUUUUUAUCGAGCCCUCACUAUUUUUACUAAUUCUCGUCUUCCCAUAAUGUUGCGUGGAAAAGUUUUAUGAUGAAGAGAUUUUUAAACAGAGAGUAUGUUCAAUCAAACAUUAUCUGGUGAAAUGAUGUCCCCUUUUUUCUCAAAAAGGUGGCUUUUUAUUUUAAUUUAAGUUUUGUAAUAAUCAUUGGAAACAACUCAUAGUUUAUAUUUUUUGCUAAUCUUGCCGAAGUGGCUCGAUAAAUGUUACCCAGUUUUUUGUGAUUGCUUUUUCUUACUAUUAAGAUAUUUUCUACUUAAUAUUGCAGCUAUACAAUUGUGUCUUUGAAAGUGCAUUUCGAUAACUGCAUUCUAAAUUAUCAAAAUUAUUCCUUCUAUCCUGUAAAGUUGCUAGAAGGAAUUAGGUGACAAUGACAGGUCCUUGAGUGCAUUUUAUUUUAAAGCUAGGUCUCAGAUUCUGCAGCAUUUAAUUCUUUUUUAUAAAAACAUGUGAUAGGAAACAUUCCCUUUUUCCCAGUGCCAGUAAGUCUAGUGAACAUAAAAUAAUAAAUAAAUUUUAAGAUUUUUUAAUUCCUUGAGAAUAAUUUAAAGUCUAUUUUAUGCUGUUACUUAAAUUUUUAAUUUUUUUGACUAUCUAUAGUAAAUGUCAUUUUAAAGUUGUGGUUGUCUAUUUUUGGGAUGGAAGAAAAUAAAGUCAAGUUAGCUGUUUA